GAUACAUCUCAAACAAGCAAUAAUUAUAUGCUCUCAAUCUCACCAAUACUCUUACACGCAGCAAUUUAAUCCUAUUUUGUGCAGCUAAACUCCAAUCAGUCCUAGGUCAAUGGAAUUCUUUCAGUGUACCGCGUCGCGACACCUGAGGUUGGGACGUGGAAGCACAAACACGCAAGGGCUAUAAGCACGUAUCAAUUCAUCGCUGCGUAGAUGAAAAUUGUUUGGCCUCAAUUCAACCAGUUGAUCUACAAUGUCGAACAACACAGAUGCCAAACUCGCUGGCGCGGCGCUUGCAAUCGCGCUCGUCGCCCUUGCGACCGCGGUUGGUCAAUUGCUUCAGCAAUACUUUUCAACCGCCGAUGGCUACCGAAGAUGCCACAAAUAUGUCAUGGGGGAGUAUGCUCGUAAGACGAGACUGCAUUGGAGGUGGCGAGAAUUCCGGUUCGAAACUCUCUAUACCAUCCCCGAGAUCUCACUGGUUGGUGAUGGAGCAUUGAGCAGAAGAGGACAGGUUUUACUUACAGGCAGUAAAUUGUCGAGGGAAAAGUCGCUGGUACCGGUAGUGUCUAUGGACUUUGAUGAGAUGUUGAUGGAGGCUCCACAGGACGAUUACGUGACUCAGUAUCAAGCUCGACGUGGUGCGGGACGUCGCCGAGAACGACUGCCUGCGCAGUCAGAGAAGAAAAAGAAAGGAAAUCGUGGUGAGUUGGCUUGCUGGGUGCCGUUCCUUCAUUGGAUUCACGAAAAUACCCAAGCUUGUCUAGAUCAUGAGGAGUUACCGAGGGAAAUGAUUGACUAUCCUGAUCCCAACUUACGCCUACCUGCGGUGGUAUUUCGAGAGCGAUCUUGGGCCUUUCAGCCUCCCGAUGUCGUGAGGCCACUUGCCAAAACGACACUGUCGGACAUUGCAGUUCUAGCACGGCGCAUGGGGAUGAAAUGGAAAGACUUCAGGCCCUCUGACGGGAUCUUGCGAGCGGAAGGGCAUUCCCACAUCAUCACAUCGACGGUGGUGAGAUCGCUUGGAAUUGUCCUACAGUAUUCGUACACUGGAAGAAAUCAGCGACUUCGUAUGGCGGAGCAGAACCAUUUCCGAAAGAGACUGGUGACGGGAUCAAUCCUGCCAGAACAAGAAGAGAUAUAUAUACCCCGCGCAAGCGCCGACAGACUGGGGUGUGGAGUUGUCAGGACCGAGCCCUUACUUGGUCUCCCCGAUCUCACUGUUUCUACGCAGAGUGAGAUUGUCGCCGCUUUGAGCUAUCUUGAUCGUAGCGGCUCAUCGUCUGCUGCACUGAGCCAAAUUCUAAAAGAGAACCCUGAAUUUCGCUUUCGAGUUGCGGAUUUGGUUGCACUCACUACCCAGCCAAGUCGUUAUCGAGGCUCAUGUCUAGUUCAGAUCCCUGCGCCAAGUGAAAAUGUGCAUGGAGUGACGACUAGCUCUGUUGGAAGGAGAGCUUUCCGGUUAUGUUUGGAAGAAUACGUUGUCGUUCAUCACAAGGACGUAGGUCCUUACACAUUACAGGCGCUACAAAUUUGUCACGACAUCGGCACCAAGUAUGCAGCCUGGGACCAUACAGACGAGUAUAGCUUACAAGACGAAUCAUGGGUCGUGACUCGUGAUCCUAGAUAUCUCGAUCUUGUCCAAGACACUCUCACAACAUACACGAAACUUCUCAACGAAUGGGAACAACAGCACUCAUUCCGAUAUCACCAUCUCCUCAGGAUUCACAUCAAGCACGCCGUGUUUAAAGAGGAUGGCGAGACUUCUAUGUUGCGGAACUUGGGAGCUGAUUACAAGGCUGAUGUGGAUGGCUACUUUAGGGUGUUGCCGCAAAUUGUUGAGGAAAUGAGGAAGACGGGGUUCCAUGAUCGGCAAAUGAUUGUUGAUGCUUGGGUAGUAAUGAUGAUGAGGGCUUUUUGUUGGGGUGCUUGCCACUUCUUCGUGCCCGGCGAGAGGGUGCCGAUUGAGUAUUUCGGGAGCCAGUUACCGGUUUACAUGGGAUGA